AGCGAAUAUCGAGAGAUGCCUGAGGAUAAGCCUCCCCAGAAGAAGGCCAAAGGUGCCAAGUCUGCCGAGGCAAAGGCUGCCAAGCCUGCAGCAGCUGCUGCGCCAAAGCCUAAAGCAGAUGCAGCCCCCAAGACUGAUAAGCCUAAGCCAGCAAAGGCAGAGGGUAAAGAUGCCAAACCCAAACCCGUGAAGACUGAAGGUGCUGCCAAGCCCAAGCCAGCAAAGGCAGAAGGCAAAGAUGCGCCCAAGGCUGCUAAGGCCAAGCCAGCAAAGGCUGAGCUGCUAAGGCCAAGCCAGCAAAGGCUGAAGGUAAGGAUGCUGCUAAGGCCAAGCCAGCAAAGGAUGCUGCACCCAAGGCUAAGGCUGACAGCAAGGCCAAGCCGAAGGAGGCAAAGGCUACCAAGACCGAGGCCAAGCCCAAGACCGAGGCCAAGCCUAAAGCUGCUGCUGCCAAGGGUGACGCCAAGCCCAAAGCAGCUGCAGCCAAGGGUGACGCCAAGCCCAAGGCUGCAGCCAAGGGUGAUGCUAAGCCCAAGGCUGAUGCCAAGCCCAAAGCUGCAAAGGGUGAUGCCAAGCCAAAGGCUGAUGCCAAGCCCAAGGCUGCAAAGGGUGAUGCCAAGCCUAAAGCUGAUGCCAAACCCAAGGCUGAUGCUAAGCCCAAGGCCAAGGCUGUCAAGCGCCCAGCUGACGACAAAGGAGGCAAGGCUGAGCCUGCUGCCAAGGCUGCCAAGGCUGCCAAGACAGAAGCAAAGCCAGCAUCUGCAAAGGGCAAGGCAAAGGAUGCCAAGCCAGCAGCUGCUGGAAAGCCCAAGACAGAGGCCAAGGCUAAGGAUGCAAAGGCUUCAGCCACCAAGGCUAAGCCUAAGCCUAAGACUGAAGCCAAGCCCUCCACUGCAGCCAAGAAGGAGGCUGCAGCAAAGGAUAAGGCAAAGACCACCAAGCGCGUAGCCAAGCCCAAGGUUGGCGGAAAGAAGACCCUAACACUGACAGGCAAGAAGCCUAGGCCGAAAGUGCUGAGCAAGUUGGCGAAGGGCAAGAACAUUGUACUUGGCAAGAAGAAUAAGAUGAAAAUCUGCGUGGACUGCAAGCAGCCCGUGGAGGAUGGUAUUAUGAAUAUUGCCGAUUUUGAAACGUUCCUGCAGAAUAAAAUUAAGGUGGCUGGCAAGAGAAACAACUUCUGCAACCAGAUUUCACUGGAGCGCAGCAAACACAAGAUCACACUACAUUCAGAAAUCCUGUUUGCAAAGAAGUACCUCAAGUUCUUGACAAAGAAGUACCUGCAAAAGAACAGUUUACGUGACUGGCUGAGAGUGGUCACUCCUCCUCUGGCAAAGGACACUUAUGAGCUGCGGUACUUCCAGAUCAAUAAC